AUGAAAAUAUUUAAAAGGAAGAAAACGAUAGAAGGAAGAACAAAUUUUGAUAAGGUUCAUAAUGUACAAAUAUAUGGAGAAAACCAAAUACAUUGUAAUGGGUCCUUGAUAUCAGGACCCGCCUUUUUAACAGUGGUAUCAUCCUUUCUUAUGAUAUUCAUCCCUGUAGCUAUUUUUCAUAUCUUUACAUCAACGUGGUUAUUUGAAAAAGAAAUAUAUUAUGUUUCUAUUGUCAAUUUAUUUUUUUUUAUUCUAACUAUAUACACAUUUUUGAGAACAAGUUUUAUGGAUCCUGGUAUAAUACCAAGACAAAAAUCUGUGUUGAAUUUGUAUGAUGUAAUUGUAGAACAAUAUAGAGAAACACAGCCACCCAGACAAAAGGAAUUAUUGAUAAAUGGGAAUUUUUAUAAGUUAAAAUAUUGUUAUACAUGUAAUAUAUAUAGAGGUAUAAGGACUGUUCAUUGUUCCAUUUGUGAUAAUUGUGUUGAAAAAUUUGAUCACCAUUGCCCAUGGGUUGGGAAUUGUAUUGGUGCACGAAAUUACAAAUAUUUUGUUUAUUUCGUUUUUAAUUUAUAUGUUUUGAUAUGUAUUACAUUAAGUGCUAGUAUUUAUAAAUUAGUUGUGUGUGUAAAUUUGUUAUCAAAUGAAGGAUAUAAUUCAGAAAAGAUUUUUAUACACAUAUGGAGAUUUGCUUCUGAUAGUAUAAUAUUAAUUAUAUAUACUAUUUUAACAUUAUGGUUUGUUGUAGGUUUAUUAUGUUAUCAUAUAUAUACUAUUGUUACAAAUCAAACAACAUACGAACAAAUAAAAACGUUUUAUCAAAAUGAUAAUCCAUUUAAUAUUGGAGUAUUAAAUAAUAUUAAAGAAAUAUUAUUUACCAAAACUAGACCAUCUUAUAUAAAUUUUGUAAACCCUAAAUUACAAAUUAUUGAUGAAAAUUCUUAUCAUAAUAUUUUAUUAUUAAGUGAUAAAGGAGUUUCUAUAUGUGAAGGGAAUGAUACGGAUGAUAAUAACUCAUUUUAUAAUAUUACUAAUGAAAUAAAUUAUAAAAAGAAAACCUUUAAGAAACCAAUUAAAUUAAUUAAUACACAUGAUUUUAUGUCAAAGGAUUAUCGUCUAAAUUUAUUUGAUAAUAAAAUUAAAAAUAAUAAAUCUAAUCAUAUGAAAAAAAAUAAAAAUAAAAUUAAUAAAAAAAAAAAAGAUCUUAACGAAAAAAAAAAAAAAGAUAUUAAUGAAAAAAAGAAAAAAGAUAUUAAUGAAAAAUAUAAUAAUACAUCUAAUAAAGCAAUAGGAAAAUCAAAUCAUUAUCUUAAAAUAGACAAAAAUUUUAGAUACUCAAAAAUUAAAUUACCAAAGGUAAGAAAAGAUAGUGAUAGUGAAAAUGCAAUAUGUGAUAUUGAGGAAACAAAUCUGGUACCUUUAAAGAGGGUUAUUCAUUUGAAUGAAAAUUUAGGAUUACCCAUGUUUAUGAAGGAUUUAAGUAGGAAUGAAAAUAUUAGUAUAAGUAGGGAUAAAAGUAAAGAUAAAAGUAGAGAUAAAAGUAGAGAUAAAAGUAAAGAUAAAAGUAAAGAUAAAAGUAAAAGUAUAGGUGAAAAAGAAAAUAUAGGUAAAGAGGGAAGUUAUUGUAAUAUACAUAGCAAGAAUAAUUCAUAUUAUAUACAUAACCAUGAUAAUAAUAAAGAUAAUAAUAAUAUUUAUAAUAAUAUGUAUCAUGAUAAUUAUUAUAAUGAUCAUAUGUGUAAUUGUAAUAACUCUACCUUUACUACAAAAACAAAUGAACAAUCUAUAGAUAUGAACAAUGAAAGCAUAGGAAGUUAUAUAAUGGAAAACGAAAUAAAUCAAGAUCUCUGUGAUUUUAGGGUUCAUGAUCUUAUGGGCAUUCAUCAAAAACGAAUGAAAGAUAAUAAUUAUAUUAUUGUUAUAAAAAAUUGGAAAGAAGAAAAUGAAAAUUAUAAAAAUAAAAUUAAAAAAAAUAAUAACACGAAUAAUGAUAGUGAUGAUAAUAAGGAUGGUAAUAAUAAGAGGGAUCAUAUUCAUAAUAAUAAUAUUGAUAAUAUUCAUAAUAAUGAAUAUAAUAGUUAUGAUAAUAAUCCUAAUUAUAAUUAUUACAUUAAUCAUAAUGAUGAAAAUGUAUAUAAAAAACAUAAUAUAGAAAAAACUAAUCAAUCUGGUAAUAUUCAUCAAAAUAAAAAUAUUAUGACUUAUGGUUAUAAUAAAAUAAAAUGUUUUAAUAAAAUUAUUCAUGCACAUAAUAAAAUUAAGCACUCAUUUUUUUAUAAUAAAAAAGGGUUUUCCUUUAUUCAAAAUUUAAAAAAUAAAAAAGAGACAUAUUAUGUUGUUAAAUAUUCAAAUGAAAGGGAUGAACAAAUCAAUGAAGAAGCAAUAUUGAAAAAAAAUAGAAAGGGUAAAAUGAGAAACGAUGAAAUGUUACAAGGAAAAGAAAUAAAAGAUGGUCAAGAAGAAAUAUAUUAUUAUGAUGAAAAGAAAUAUUUUAAUGAUGAAAAGAAAUAUUAUAAUGAUGAAAAGAAAUAUUAUAAUGAUGAAAAGAAAUAUUAUAAAGACGAAGUAAAAUAUCAUAAUGAUGAAGUAAAACAUCACAAUGAUGAAGAGAAAUAUUAUAAUGAUAAAGUAAAACAUCAUAAUGAUGAUGAUCAUUAUUAUGAAAAUAUUGAAAAUAUUCAUAAAUUAAAAUAUCUAAAUAAAUUUUUAUACGAUGAUAAUAAAAAUGAAAUGAAAAAAUAUAAACACAAUAAUAUAUAUUGUAAAAACAUUUUUACUAAAAAUUUUUUUUGUGAAUGUAUGGAUGAAUGUUGUUGUAACGGUGGUUAUGAAAAUGAGUUAAAAAAAGAAUGCAUUUAUAAUAAGUCGUCAAUUAGUGAUAAUACUAGUAUGGAUUCUCAUGUUAUGAACGUGAAAAGGAAAAAGAAAAGUAAUUAUAAGGAGAAAACAAAAAAAAUAAACGAUGAUGAUAAUUAUAAUGAUAAUGAUAAUCAUAAUCAUAAUGAUGGUGAUAGGGGAUUGAAAAAUGAUACUAGUAAAAAAAAUAAAAAAGAAAAACAAACAUAUAGACAUACUGAAACUCAGAACAAUAAAGAACUUAAUCAACAUUUUCAAAUUAUUCCUAAUGAUGAGUAUAUCCAAUAUAUUAAAUAUAUUGAUGAUAUGAAAAAGAAAGAUAGUUCUUUGUCUCAUCCUAAUGAUGUAAUCAUUAAUAUAUAUAGGAAUAAAUACGAUGAAAGGAAAAAGAAAAAAAAAAUUAAGUUUAUUUUAAAUAUAAGUAGAAAAAAAAAAAAAAAAAAAUUAUCAAGCAAUAAUAAUAUUUACCAUAAUAGUUUUAAUAAUAAUAGUAAUAACAAUUUGUUAAAAAAAAAAGAAGAAAGAAGGAAACGAAAAUAUAAAAAGCUUUAUAGAAUUUCUCAACUACUAAAAAGAAGAAAAAAGAAAUGUGAAUUUUAUAACCUUAGUAAAUUGAAUUAUUUGGAUAGUAGAAAAAUGUAUAAAUGGAAAUAUAAAAAUCAUUUAUUAAGAGAAAAAAUUAAAUUAUUAUCUAAAUCAAAUGAAAAUAUACAUUUGUGUUAUAAUAACAAAGAUUACUCAAAUUAUGAAAAUUAUAAUUUUAGUAAUUAUAAUAUCUUAAACAAGAAAAAUGAUAUUAAUAUAUUUAAUAAAAAAUUGAAAUAUCUAUCCAAAUAUGAUAAAAUGAAGUUAAUCAAUUAUUUAAUUUAUAAACAUAAACAAGAUAAAAUGCGUUCAGAUUUAAAAAAGAAAAGCACAGCAUCCAAAAUUUUUUAUUUCUUUACAUCCUUUGCUCUAAUAAUUAAUUGUAUACAUAUACCACCUAAUAAUGAUAAUGACUGA